AUGACAAAUGGAAUUGUAAACGGCAAUACUGGCAUUGAGAGCCAGUUCGCUACUCUUGGGCUCAGCAAGUCCGCUUAUGUUCCCCCUCACAUGCGGAACACCCAGCGUGCCGCAUCUUUCUCAUCUUCAAAUGGAAACGACUGGACCGAUUCCCGUUCUUCUACCCCACCUCCCGCUCGAGGCGGCUACGGUGGUACUUUUGAAAGAGGUGGACGAGGCAAUGCCUUCUCUAGCCCUCGCAGCGCCAGCCAUAGUGAUUGGGCCUCGCGUGGACCGACUCCGAACGGCAACUCUCCCAGAGACUCACCUGCACCAAGGGAGAGAGAGACGUUUGGCUUUGGCACAUGGAGAGAUGGCUCCCACAUCCCAGGCGGACGCAACAUGCGCAUGGAAAAAGAGCUCUACGGUGAGCUCAACGACCCCAGCAAGCAACAAACCGGCAUAAACUUCGAGAAGUACGACGAUAUCCCAGUCGAGGCUACUGGUGCUGGUGUCCCAGAGCCGGUCCUCGAAUUCUCCAACUCUUCUCUUGAUCCCGUCCUCUUAGAAAACAUUGGCUACGCUAGAUAUACUGUUCCCACCCCAGUACAAAAGUACUCUAUUCCUAUCGUUGCCAACGGGAGAGAUUUGAUGGCCUGCGCUCAGACCGGUUCAGGCAAGACUGCUGGCUUUUUGUUCCCGAUCUUGUCUGCCUCCUUCCACAAUGGCCCUCGCCCUCUGCCCGAUAAUGCGAACGCGGGAUAUGGUCGCUCUCGCAAGGCCUAUCCCACUGCCCUCAUCCUGGCACCAACUCGUGAGCUUGUCUCCCAGAUCCACGAAGAAGCCCGCAAAUUUGCGUAUCGUUCGUGGGUCAGGCCGGCCGUCGUCUAUGGUGGUGCUGAUAUCAAUCAGCAACUCCGGUUGAUCGAGCGUGGCUGCGAUCUUCUUAGUGCCACCCCCGGACGUCUUGUCGAUCUCAUCGAGCGCGGGCGCAUCAGUCUUGCGAACAUCAAGUACCUCGUCCUCGAUGAAGCCGAUCGCAUGCUUGAUAUGGGUUUCGAGCCUCAGAUCAGGCGGAUCGUCCAAGGAGAAGACAUGCCCGACGUCAACGACCGUCAGACUCUCAUGUUCAGUGCCACCUUCCCUCGCGAUAUCCAAAUGCUCGCCAAGGACUUCCUGAAGGAUUACGUCUUCCUCAGUGUUGGCCGUGUUGGAAGUACCUCUGAGAACAUUACCCAGAAAGUCGAAUACGUUGAAGACAAUGACAAGCGCAGUGUCCUCCUUGACCUCCUCGCUUCUCAGGCUAAGGCUGAAGACCUCGGCCUUACUCUCGUCUUCGUAGAGACCAAGCGGAUGGCCGACAUGCUCAGCGAUUACUUGAUGUCCAACAGACUCCCUGCGACGAGCAUCCACGGUGAUCGUAGCCAGAGGGAGCGUGAAAUGGCUCUCCAGACAUUCCGCACAGGCCGUACUCCCAUUCUUGUCGCAACUGCCGUCGCCGCCCGUGGCUUGGAUAUCCCCAACGUUACUCACGUCAUCAACUACGACUUGCCUAGCGAUAUCGACGACUACGUCCAUCGCAUUGGUAGGACAGGUCGUGCUGGAAAUACUGGUAUCAGUACAGCAUUUUUCAACCGUGGCAACAAAAACAUCGUCAGGGAGUUGGUCGAGCUAUUGAGAGAGGCUAACCAGGACAUUCCACAAUGGCUUGAGAGCGUUGCUCAAGAGGCAUCCUUCGGCGGUGGAGGCUUCCGUGGCGGCUCUAGCAGAGGCCGUGGGCGCGGACGCGGCGGCGCUUCGAGGGACUUCAGGGCCAGUGGCGGCGGCGGCGGAUUCAGCGGCGGCCCUCGAUACAACAACGCCAGCAACGGUGGUGGAUAUGGCGGCGGCCCUGGGGGAUACGGCGGUGGAAUGAACGGUGGAGGUUACCCUGGCGGCGGAAACAAUGGCUGGUGGUAA